CUGCCGCUGAGCUGCCCGCUCCUUGCUGAGGGGAAGAGGAGGAAACAUGAGCUCCAGGAAAGUGAUGGCCAUCCAGGCCAGGAAAAGGAGGCCGAAGGGGAAGAAAGACAGAACGGGUCACCAUCGGAGGCCUGAGACCCAGCAGAAAGCGCCGGUGAGUGCCCCUCCUCCCCCGCCGCUCCCUCCGCCUCCCCCUGAGCCGGCAGGGCCCCCGGAGCCGGAGGAGGCGAUCCUUGGCUCUGACGAUGAGGAGCAGGAGGACCCCGCGGACUACUGCAAAGGAGGGUACCAUCCGGUGAAGAUCGGGGAUUUGUUCAACGGGAGGUACCACGUGAUCAGGAAGUUGGGAUGGGGCCACUUCUCCACCGUAUGGCUAUGCUGGGACAUACAAGUGAAGAACUUUGUGGCGAUGAAGGUGGUGAAGAGCGCCCAGCACUACACAGAGACGGCCCUGGACGAGAUCAAACUGCUGCGAUGCGUGAGAGAGAGCGACCCCGCCGACCCCAACAAGGACAUGGUGGUUCAGUUGAUAGAUGAUUUCAAGAUCUCAGGAAUCAACGGCAUACAUGUGUGUAUGGUGUUUGAAGUGCUAGGUCACCACCUGCUGAAGUGGAUUAUUAAAUCCAACUACCAAGGUCUGCCACUGCCAUGUGUCAAGAGCAUUAUCAAACAAGUCCUGCAGGGUCUGGACUACCUCCACACCAAAUGUAAAAUCAUCCACACGGACAUCAAGCCAGAGAACAUCUUGAUGUGCGUGGAUGACGCCUUCGUGAGGCGCAUGGCCACGGAGGCGACCGAGUGGCAGAAAGCUGGGCCCCCGCCGUCUGGCUCAGCAGUUAGCACAGCCCCCCAGCUGAAACCGGUGGGGAAGAUCUCCAAGAACAAGAAGAAGAAGCUGAAGAAGAAACAGAAGCGGCAGGCGGAGCUGCUGGAGAGGCGGAUGCUGGAGAUCGAAGCCCUGGAGAGGGAGGCGGAGAAGAAGGAGGAGAGUGCCAAAGACGGGGGAGAGAGAGGGGAGGAUGGCAGCACCCCGUCUUCACCUCUGCCGCCGCGGCCGCGGCCGCCGCCGCCGCCAUCGCAUCUGGGCCCCAGCAUGGCUGUGGGAGAGAGCGACGAGGAGGAGGAGGAGGACGACGACGACGAGGAUGGGGAAGAUGAGGAGGAGGAGGAGGAGGAGGAGGAGGAGGAGAGAGGGAUAGAGAGAGGGAUAGAGAGAGGGAUAGAGAAAGGGAGAGAGAGAGGGAGAGGCCCAGGCCCGAAGAUGCAUGCGGCUGGGCUGAUUCACAAAAAACAACCUGUCUCCCUCCUCCACCUUCUCUCUCUUCCCAAUCUGUUUCUCUCGCUCGCCUCCUUCUCUCCGAUCUCUUUUCAUGCUUUUCUCCUCGCUGCCUGCGUCGCCUUUGAUUGCGUUUGUAUCUCCUUCCCACUCACUUCCUCUCCUAACCGAUGUUGCAUCCUCUCUCUCUCCGUGUUAGGCGCGGCGCCUCCCCAGGAGCAGAGCGAGGCUCCCCGCAACGUGGAUGAUGACCCCGCUGAGGAGGAGGAGGAGGAGGAGGAGGAGGAGUUGCCCACGCCUACCGCUGAAAACGAUGGUCCCAUUCCUCCCACCACAGACGAAGGGAACGUAGUUCCAACGCAAGCGGAGGUAGAGAACAAGGAGGAGGGGGAGGAGGAGGAGGGAUUAAAAGGCGCAGAGGAUAAAAAAGAAGAAGAAGCAGAGGAGGAGGAGGAAGAAGAGGAAGAAGAGGAGGAGGAAGAAGAAGAGGAGGAGGAGAAAGACAUUGUAAAAGAGGAGAAUGAGACAGAGGAGCCAAAGAGUAAAAGCAAAACAGAGAAGGAGGCAGUGGUAAAGAAAGAGGAGUCAAAGGAGCGGGAGGAUGAGGAGGACGAGGAUGAGGAGAACGAGGAGGAGGAUGAGGAAGACGACGACGACGACGACACAACCACGGAGCUCCUCACGGAGACCACGUCUCUGAUCAAACCCCAGAACAACAAAAGUAAUUCGGCCCAAACCAACGGUCACAUUUUGUUGGGGUCCGAGGGGCUGAAGCCGAAACCCCUCAGCCCCGCGCCUCCCUCGCCGACCCCCGAGCUCCUCCUCUGCCCCCUGGUGGACUCGGAGCUCAGCUACACGGACAGAGACCUCUCGCUCAGCUCCGGCUACGAGAUGUACAACGGCGACCCGGCCGAGCCGGUGCUGACCAACGGCGGCGGCGACCGCCACCGGGCCGUCGUGCCUCUCUUCCCCGACCUGCCCCUGGAUCCGUUGCCGGGAAACCCCAUUUCUGUUGGAUUGGCAGACAUCGGAGCGGGCCGGUCGCCCAACAGCCCCGCCGCUGACCGCAGUCGCACUGUGUCGUCCUCGAGCACGGGAGACGCACCCAGAGUCAGGGCCAGAGCCGCAGAUCUCCUGAUCAACCCACUCGACCCGCGCAACUCCGAGACUAUUCGAGUUAAAAUCGCUGAUCUUGGGAAUGCCUGCUGGGUGCACAAGCACUUUACAGAGGACAUCCAGACGCGACAGUACCGUUCCAUUGAAGUCCUGAUUGGAGCCGGUUACAGCAACCCUGCAGACAUCUGGAGUACUGCCUGCAUGGCGUUUGAGCUGGCGACUGGAGAUUACUUGUUUGAGCCCCACUCCGGAGAGGACUACUCCCGUGAUGAGGACCAUAUAGCCCACAUCAUAGAGCUGCUGGGCUGUAUUCCGAGGCACUUUGCGCUCUCCGGAAAAUAUUCACGGGAGUUCUUCAACCGAAGAGACCACAUCGCUCUGAUCACGGAGCUCCUCGGGAAGGUCCCGCGCAAAGUGUUCGCUGCCGGGAAGUACAGCCGAGAGUUUUUCUCCAAGAAAGGUGAGCUUCGGCACAUCACCAAGCUGAAGCCGUGGUCGCUGUUCGACGUGCUGGUGGAGAAGUACGGCUGGGCGCACGAAGACGCCGGCCACUUCACGCACUUCCUUCUGCCCAUGCUGGAGAUGGUGCCCGAGAAGAGGGCCUCGGCGGGCGAAUGCCUCAACCACCCGUGGCUCAACUCGUAGCCACAAGUUAGCCCCGACAUCAUCACCAUCAACAGCACGGAGAGAAGCUGGAGGCAAACAGUCAAGAGUAGACGAUGACGAUGAUGUAAUCUUUCCUUAUCCCUCGCAUCCAUCACAUGCUUAUCUGAGUCGGCUUCGAGUCCCACGCGAGGCCCUCCGUCUUUUCCCAUAAGGAAUGUAAAGACACGCGUACGGAGAUAACGCCACGGAGUCGCCGUGUCUUUCCAAAACAUCUCCCACAAGAGAUCAUUGGAAGGGUAAAAAAAAAAAUGAAAGAAGGGGGAAAAAAAGAGGGAGAAGUCAGAGAGAGACGCAUUUUCUUGGGCCGUCAAGAUGUCCCGUCCCCCCCCCCUGGAAUGCUCCAUUUUACCGCGUUUGGAUCCAGUCGUGGACCACUGACAGCUGCUGAUCUUUUCAACGAGGAGCUCCAUCUGCCGUGACCUUUACAUCGCCAGGGCCUCAAAGACAGACACGUUUGUGUGUGUGUGUGUGUGUUUUAAGAGAGGUAACGAGCGCACGUGCUCAAGAUCUGCCGACGUAGACCCUCUCCUCUCCUCUCUCUCCAGCCCCGUCGCCCCUCCCUGCCUCCCUCACCCUGCUAUGGAAGAGAUGCAUCCACAUCGGACUAAAAGUUUACACCCUGAUUUCUUCCAAAAAUCCAAUCCCCCCCCCCCCAAAUAAACCUCCUCACUGUUCUGGUCCUCAACGAGCUGCCUGCUCCUGCUGGGCCACCUCAAGAGAACUGGAGGGCAGCCAGUCCUCCAGGGGGCGCCACGCUGACCGCUGCCACUCUGACAAAAGACAGACGGGAAAAAAGUGCGGGAUGAGCAAAAAUAAAAAUACAAUCAAUUUAACACGAAAGAGGAACACUUGGUCUUUAAAAGGACUAUUUUUCAAAAUGCAUGAGACUGAUGGAUCAGCAUGAACGGAGACGACAAGCGGACGAUGGGCGUGUUAUUUUUAUUUUCCCGUUUCAUCACCUCUCUUGUGCGUUAGGAUAUGCCGGUGCCCCCUCUGAGGAAGGGAACUACAACCGUUUGCAAUCCUAAAUCUUGAUCCUUUGACAUUAUUCCUGACUUUUAUUCCACGGGAACAAGUCUUUUUUCUUCUUUUUUUCUCUUUCUUGUGGCACGUUUACCUGAUCAGUACUAUUCCCCCUCUUCCCCCCCCCACCCACAUCCAAUAGAGGAGCCCUUUGACCCCUGAGCUACUCCAGGAAGAAAAAAAGGGGACGGUCUCACAUGGAGGUUGCACUUGUCUUUGUCGAUGUCCUUCAGGGAUUUGAAACCUUUGUACAUAGAACUGAGAUGUUGCAACGCAGAGAAGUGACCGUGGACAAAGUUUCAACAUACAAGCAUCAUUCCAAAAAAAGAAGAAGAAAAAAAACAGAGGUUGUUGGAGUAUGUUUACUUCCUCUAAUACAGUGGGGGUAGAGGGGUGGGGCGCCAUAGCUCUGACCCCGCAGGAAGUGUUCAGACUGAACUGUGCCCCCUGGUGGCUGAGUGAGGGUACUGCGGAGCCACACACUGCUGCCGCUCUCGGUGACAACGCGACGAGACGUUCCACUAUAUCUCUCCACUUAAUCUCUCUCUCACACACACACACACACACACAAACUUGCAUCAUCACAAUUAGUCAAGUUGCCUAUUUUUCGCAAUAAAUGAAAAAAGAUGACUAUAAGUAAAUGGUGAGAUAUUUUUAAAAGCUAUUUAAUUCAUUAAAAAAAGAAGAAAAGAUGAAAAAAAACAAGAAAACAACUUUUCUCUGGUUGUUGUGACCGUGACAGAAUCUCUUCUUAUACUGAGGUGAUUGUGUUUUGUCUUUUAGAGAUGUUUUUAUUUCUUUUGUCAUCAUUAUUAUUAUUAUUACAUUGAAAUUUGUUCUUUCUUUUUUUUUUACACAGUUGUCACCUGUCCCCUCCCUCCUUACUUGAACAGUGCUGCCGUCUCGGCUCUUGAUGGCGAUACAAAAUAAGAAAAAAAAAUCUACAGUUUUGCAAUAAAGGGAAUGUGAUGAGUUUAUUUAGCACCCAAACCUCCUGAUCUCACUCGUUCGUCCAUGCCGACUGUUCUUCCUGAUGACAUUGACAGAAUGGCGUCUCUUGUCUGUGUUUUUCAUUGACAGAUUUAAUAAAAUUGUAAAUUAAUGGA